GUUCGUUAGUCCACGUGACUGAAUUAGUUGUCGCGGGCGUGGGGUGCGGAGAGGAAUUCGUACAACAUGGCUCUUCAUAACGAAGUGGGUAUAGGGGACUUCGUCCUAUUAAACGACAUAACAUUGGAAGCCUUCAUGGAUAAUUUAAAAGUCAGAUAUAAUGGCGGAAAAAUAUACACUUACAUCGGAGAGGUGUGUGUAUCCGUUAAUCCCUAUCGAAACAUGAAUAUCUACGGCCAAGAAUUUAUAAACGAGUACCGAGGACGAGAGAUAUUCGAGAGACCGCCUCACAUAUUUGCCAUUGCAGAUGCUGCGUAUAAAACAAUGAAGAGAAGUGCAAAAGACACUUGUAUUGUCAUAUCAGGUGAAAGUGGAUCGGGGAAAACAGAGGCCUCAAAGAUAAUUAUGAGAUACAUCGCUGCCAUUACAAACACAAGUGGACAACAGGAAAUAGAAAGAGUGAAAAAUGUAUUACUGCAAUCAAAUUGUAUUUUAGAAGCAUUUGGUAAUGCAAAAACAAAUAGAAAUGAUAAUUCCAGCAGGUUUGGUAAAUAUAUGGACAUCAAUUUUGAUUUUAAAGGAGAUCCAUUAGGUGGACACAUCAAUAAUUAUUUACUUGAAAAGUCUAGAGUAGUGAGUCAACAGAAAGGUGAAAGAAAUUUCCAUUCAUUCUACCAAUUAUUGUAUGGUUGUCCAAGUGAUGUAUUGCAGAAAUACCAUCUUAAAAGUGAUGCUCAAGAAUACGUGUACACAAAACAAGGUGGAAAUCUUAAAGUAGACAGUAUAAAUGAUAAAUCCGAUUAUAGAGGAGUAUGUGGGGCUAUGAAAACUUUGGGAUUUUUAGAAGACCAAACUAACACAUUGUGGAAAAUUGUAGCUGCAAUAAUUCAUUUGGGUAAUGUCGAGUUUUCUACAAAAGAUGACGAAACUUGUAUAAAGAAUCAAAAUUCUCUUAAAAAUCUUUGUGAGCUACUUGAAAUAAAAAUUGAAGAUGCCAAGAAAGCGCUGUGCCAACGUGUUAUUGCUGCAAGAGGUGAGAUUAUGGCUAAAGGACACACUGUAGCAGAAGCAUAUUAUGGUAGAGAUGCUUUUGCUAAGGCAAUAUAUGAACGUAUGUUUUCGUGGAUUGUAAGCCGAGUGAAUGAAGCAAUUGAAGUUCAGAUGUCUGGUUACAUUCCUGGUAAAAAUACUGUAAUUGGAGUACUAGACAUUUAUGGUUUUGAGAUAUUUGAAGGAAACAGCUUUGAACAGUUUUGUAUUAACUAUUGUAAUGAGAAAUUACAACAACUUUUUAUCGAAUUGGUCUUAAAACAAGAACAAGAGGAGUAUCGUAGAGAAGGCAUUGAAUGGCAAAAUAUAGAAUAUUUUAACAAUGCAAUCAUAUGUAAUCUUGUAGAGGAACCACACAAAGGAAUAUUAGCUAUUGCCGACGAGGCUUGUUUAAAUGUUGGAAAAAUAACAGAUGAAAUGUUGUUAGAAGCCAUGGAUCUAAGGUUAGCAAAUCACAAACAUUACAGUAGUAGAAAGCUGGUUCCCACAGAUAAGAGUUUAGAGCAUCAGAGAGAUUUUCGUAUUCGUCACUAUGCCGGAGAUGUAACUUAUUCAAUUUUGGGAUUCUUAGAUAAAAAUAAAGAUACGUUAUUUCAAGAUUUUAAAAGAUUACUUCAUAGUAGUUCUAAUAAAUUUGUUAAAAGUAUGUGGAUUGAUGGGGCUCAAGAUGUUACACAGGUAACAAAAAGGCCUUUGACUGCUGGAACUUUAUUUAAAAAUUCAAUGAUUGCAUUGGUGCAAAACCUUGCUUCUAAAGAACCUUAUUAUGUGAGAUGCGUAAAACCCAAUGAUCACAAAUCGCCACUUCUGUUUGAUUACGAACGUGUUUCUCAUCAAGUCUGUUAUUUAGGUUUAUUAGAGAAUGUUAGGGUUAGAAGAGCAGGCUUUGCUUACAGACAAGCAUACGAUCGCUUUUUACGAAGAUAUAAAAUGAUUUCCAAGUACACCUGGCCCAGUUUUCGAGGCGGUUCUGAUCUAGACGGAUGCAGAGUUUUAAUCGAUGAACAGGGGUUUUCAGAUGAUGUGAAGUACGGAAGAAGCAAAAUAUUCGUAAGAUCUCCCCGAACCAUUGCAAAAUUGGAACAGACGAGGGCCGAUCUCAUUCCAGGGAUUGUAGUCUUUUUACAGAAGAUGUGGAGAGGUACCAUAGCAAGAAUGAGAUAUAGGAAAAUGAAAGCUGCUCUGACGAUCUUGCGUUAUUAUCGUAAGUGUAAAACAAGGUCAUACGUCAACCAACUUCUGAACCUUUUCAAGAAUGCAAAAACAAUGAAAGAUUAUGGUAAACAUAUAGUUUGGCCUACACCUCCAUACAUUAUGAAAAAUAAUGUCAACAACUUGAAAUCUAUUUACAGCAGGUGGAGAGCAUACAUGGUACUGCAACGUAUUCCUCCAGAAGAAUGGCCACAAUUACGACUGAAAGUGACUGCUGCAGCUAUUCUUAGUGGAAAGAGACAAGACAUCGGACUGAAGCAGAAAUGGGAAGGAAAUUAUUUGGCUAAGACUGGUGAUAACGACGACACGGCAGGUUUUGUAUCGUCUGUGGGUUCGCUGAAAACACGUGAUCAUUUUCGCAGAGUUUUAUUCUCUAGCUUUGUCAGAAAGAUCAACAGGCAUAAUAAAUGUGCAGAACGAGUAUUGGUUGUAACAGACAAAUAUUUAUAUAAAUUGGAUAAUAAGAAAUUUAAACCUUUGAGAUCACCAAUCCCUCUUGAAAAUAUAACUGGAAUAAGUGUGAGUCCUGGAACAGAUCAGUUGAUAAUCUUGCACUUGAAAGGAGGAAACGAUUUAGUUGUGGCUCUGACUUGUCGACAUAAUAACAAUCGAAUAGGAGAACUGAUUGGAACCGUUGCUCAUCAGUGGCAGACGUUAGAGAAAAAAGACCUUCAAGUUCUUGUUAAUGCACAGUUAAAGUGUAUGCUUGGGAACAAAUCUAGAACCAUAGCUGUGGAGUCAAGUUCGAGCGUUACUUUCCCCGCAUUUAAGAAGAAUGGAAAUGACUUGGUUCUUCUGUGGCCAACGAUGAAUGUAGAUAGCACCAAAGGACUGUGAAUAAUUAUUUUAAUUGUCACGAGUCUGCUUUGUAUAGUAAUUGUACAGGAAAAGCAUUUUAUGCCAAGAAAUGUAAAUCUUCAUUCUUAUUAUUAUUAUUAUUAUUAUUAUUAUAUACUAUUUUUAAUGCCACUAAUUAACUUGCCAAUUUUGCAUUUACUUAGAUAAAUAAGAUAUUUUAAAAUGGAAAAUUGAAGUUUUUUUUUUUAUACAAGGAUAUUUCUAUAAUUUAAAAAAUAUUGUAUAGAAAAAUAGAUUUAUUUAAUUUUAUUUUUCAAGAUUUUGUACUUAAAUUAUUGGAAAACAUUUGUCUAGAUAAUUUGAUCUUUGAAGGUCUGGAAUAAAAUUUUUAUUGGACUUUAUACUAUACAGAUAUUUAAAAAUUUUCAAUUAAAUGAUCUUGAUCAAAUUGUUUAUAAUCUGUAAAUUUUUAUAUUGCUGAAACAGGAUGGACUAUUGAUAAAAUAAAGAGCUUUUACUAUAUACUUGAUCACAGCUUAUUUGUUUCAUUUAAAAACAAAUUAUAAGGAUUGCUUCAUAACUAUAUUUACAAAUUAGACCUUGGCUGUAAUGACUGUUUCACUUUUUGACCUGCAAACACUGACUUUUCAUGACUUUUUAAGCAUUAAGAAACUGUUACAUGAGUUUGACUGGGCCAGUAGAGACCUAAACAAACAUUCAUCUUAAGCAUUAAGCAACUGUCUGACUAGUUCCCUAGGUCAGACAUACAGUCAACC